ACGUAGGUUAAUUUAUAAAAUCAUGCCAAUUAAGUGUAAUGCGCUAUUACUACGAUCUAAGGUCACGUCUUAAAACCGUCAGUCAUUAAAUUAAAUUACCCAUGUCGUGACACAGUGAACCGAUAUCACUGCACUUGUGGGCCGACAAUUGCCGCUCGUAAGUCGUAGGUCAAGUUUGAGGUGUAGUACAACUACUCGUAUUACACUCGAUUGCCCGUAAUUGGCAGUCGGUCAAUGUUCACCGUUACACGACCAUUAGGAUGGCGGUUGCCCAUGUCUGUGUUGUCAAUUGUUCGCCAUCACAGCCAUCCAUCGACACAAUUGAUUAUUAGUAGACUCAGCAGCACAAAACCACGAGCCCGUUCAAGGAUGUCGUUGCCCCGUCUGCCCGCUGUCAGCAGCGUUUCACCCAGAGUGCUACGGGUGUUAGGAUGCAAUCCUGGUUUCAUGACGCUACAGGGUACGAAUACUUAUGUGGUUGGCACGGGUGAGCGACGUAUAUUGAUUGACACAGGAGAGCCAAACUUUCCGGAAUACAUAAAAAAUCUUCAAGAAACAAUGAUUAAGUAUAAUUUUCAACUUGAUCAUAUUAUAAUAUCACAUUGGCACUCAGAUCAUAUUGGCGGGGUAAAUAAUGUGUUGGAUAUGAUCACUAAUAAAAAUGAAUGCAAAGUUUGGAAGUUUAAUCCAAAAAUAGGUAAAAAGCGGGAUUACAACUUUCCACUACAUUUUGUUGAGAAUAAACAAAAGUUUCAUGUUGAAGGUGCUACUUUAAUAAUUUAUCAUACACCAGGACAUACAACUGAUCAUAUAGUUAUGUUUUUGGAAGAAGAUAAUGCAUUGUUCUCUGCUGAUUGUGUGCUUGGAGAGGGAACUACUGUGUUUGAAGAUCUAACUGAAUAUUUAAACUCAUUACAAUUGAUUUUAGAUCUAAACCCAACAGUUAUAUUUCCUGGUCACGGUUCUGUUAUAAAAGAUCCAAUUGUUCGAGUAAAUAAUUAUAUUAAGCAUCGAUUAGAAAGAGAAAUGGAAUUGUAUAAUUUGAUUAAUAAAAGUCCAUCUAGAUCAUUGUCUGAAGAAGAAAUUGUAAGUGAAAUGUAUAAAGUUAUUCCCAAUGAUUACAAGAGAGUAGCAUCGUAUAUUGUGAAAAAUCAUCUUGCUAAAUUAUCAAAAGACGGAAAACUGGUUCUAAUUGAUGAUAAAUGGAGAAUCAAAGAACAAUGAGGUUUUUGAUAGAAUAUAUUUUAAAUUUAAGUUGUUAUAAUUUUAAAUGUAUUUUUUUUUUUUUGUAUAAAUAAUGUUAAACUGGUAAAUUUAAAAUUUGUACAAGUUAACAAUUAUAACUAAAGAUUGGAAUUAUAUUAAUUAAAAACUUAUAAAAUAUGAUGCAUGAAUGCAUGAAUGAAUUAUAAGUGGCUAAUAAUGUACCAACAUAAUAUUGAAAUAAACAACAAUUUUAAUUAUAAAUUCUAACUAUAACAAAUGAAAUCAUUUUUAAUUAAUUAAUUAGUAUAUUUAUUUUAUUCUGUUUGUAAUAUUAUAUUAAUCUGUCAUUGGUCUCGUGGUGGGCACAUCACUCACCUUGUUAGCAUUUUGAGAGCCACUGUUUUAUUUAUACUAGAGGUCGCGAUUACACAUGUAAUGAACUACACGGAUACCCGUGUUUUUACCUAUGACGGGGUUAAAGCCCGUGUUAUAAAAAUACCCGUGUAUACCCGGGUAUUUAAAUACCCGUGACCUUAAAUACUCAUAUAUUUAAAUAAAAUCGUAUCGAGCAAUUUUAAAAUCACCAAAAAUGUUUAGAUAAAAAGCAUACAUAGGUAGUAGGUACGUAAAUGUAAAGCAAUAAAAUUGGCAAUAAGAUAACUUUGCGAAUAUUUAUGUUUGAAUCUUAAAACCAGUUUUAAUAUUAUUCUCUUUUAUAUUAUUAUACUUAUAGCUUUUAGUGUUUAUGCCUAUAUAAUAUUAUACGAUAAACGAAUGCGUCAUACUAAUUUUUAAGCAUAACUAAUAACUAUAAAAAUAACUUAUAAUAAAUGAGUAUUAAUAUAAUUAACUUGUUGUGCUAUUUAAUCUUAUAAAGACUUGUAUAAAGAGUUAGGAAAAGUUAGCAAAAAAAAUAUUUAUAUUAAAGUAUAUCUGAAUUUUGAAUUAAUAUACAAUAUACGCACGGGUAUUAAAUACACGAGUAUACACGGAUAUUAAAUACACGAGCUUUAAUAUAUUAUUUACCCGGGUAUCCGGGCUCCGUGUACCCGUGUAUUCUAAUACCCGUUCACAACCGCGACCCCUAAUUUAUACCUUGAUUCAUCUGAUACAAUUUAUACAUUCAAUCGACAUUUAUCUAAAUAGACUUUCGUAAAUAUAAUAAUUUUAUGAAUAAUUCUUGAUUAGAUAUUUACAUGCAAAGUUAUUAGUAUCUAUAAAAGUAAGCUAAGUUCAUUCAAUAGUAUCAAUGUGAUUUUGUUUUUUGUAAACGUGUGCAUAUAUCUUUGUUUUUGUUUUAUUCUAAAAUGUUUGAAAUGUUAUUUUGUGGCUUAGAGAAUUGUAAAAAAUUAAUUAUUUAGAAAAUUUGGAUAAUACAGACCCUGAUCCCGUUAGGUUAGGUUAUUAUUAUAUUUUAAUGUAUAAAAAAUUAUAAAUUAAUUUUUAUUGUUUAAAAUACAGUGAAACUUCCAUAUAACGAAGUCGAAUAAGCAACAAAAAAAAUUUGUAAGAUGGAGGAAUUUGUUUAAUAGAAUUACGUAUUCAUUAACAAUAAAGGUCAUAAUUCUUAAAAAUAUUUCUUUAAACAGAACAUUUUGUAAAAUGGAAGUUUGUUAUAUUAUGGAAGUUUCACUAUAUUUAUAAUUAAGAAAAGUUGUCAGAACCUUUUUAUUAAUAGAUUAAAAUAUAAAUAAUUUGGUGUUGGUUUCAAUAUUUUAUGUUUAUUAUAUAAUAAAUAAUGAUGACAAAACAACAAGGUGAGUGCAACACUUACUCAACAUCAAUAUUAAAUAGCGAUAAUAAUGACGUGUUAAAUUAUAAAAAUAAAAAAAUAGUGUAUAUUUAAAAAUAAAUAACACCUGUAUCUAACACUUUGACUGCUGACAUCGACAAAUCGUAUUUGUUCUAUGUGGCGGGUGUUGACAACCUGUAUUACUUUCCAAACUCUCCCAAUAAUACCAGCAUGUUGUGCUUGCGCCACCGUACAGAUAAACAAUUUAAAUUAUUUAAUUUGCGGUGGUUUGAAAUUCCGGAUAUUUUUCAUAUUUUAAUUAUACGAGUACUUACUACUAUUAUUACGAAAAAUGUUCAGUAUAGGAGAAUCGCUCAGGUCAAACCAUGCCGCAGUCAAAGUGUUAAAAUAUGGUAAUUUGUAGUUUUCAAAUAAAAUAAUAUAUUAUGUAGUAUUAAAAAUGUAAAAGCUUAUAGAAUAAUAAUUUAUAUUUUUUUUAUAUAAAAUAUUUAAUGAAAAAUACUAAACCUUUCAGUAUUUAGCAUUAUAAUCUGUUAAUAACAACUCAGUUACAAAUUAAAA